AAUCCGGAUGCUUCUGGAGAGCAGAAAAGCAACAUGAAAAACACACAUAUUUGAGACUUUGCGUGUUAUACCGCAGUAUGUAAAUGGUCACAAUGAAGUAAUCGGCAUUUUCACAACUGAUGGCUGAAAAUGGAAUCAGAACUGUUCAUUGGCUGGCAGAAGGAGAGGGCGGAGCUGAGGGCGGAGCUUUCACGUCUGCAGGAUGAAUUGGCUGAGAGUAGAGCAGAGAGGGAGGAGCUUGAUUCUCGAGCUCAAGCUUUGACUGACAGGCUGUCACAGACGCUGGACCCUUCUCUGACAUCAUCAGUGCGUCUUGAUGAAGAGCAGAGAGAAUGGAGGAAGAAGCUCAGAGAGGGCAGAGAGAGAGAAGCCAGACAGGCUCUGCUCAUCCAUAAACUUCAGCACAAGGUGUUGGAUUACAGGGCUCGUUGUCAGGCUCUGGAGCAGCAGGCUGCUGGUGAGGAACGAGAACUGAGGAUCCGAGAGAGGAUACUGCGAGAUGAACAUAGUGACACACUGGAGAGCACCCUCAUCAGGCUGGAGGAGGAACAGCAGAGGAGUUUUGGGCUGUCGGAGGUCAGCGCUCUCCUGCGGAGUCAGCUGAGCCAAUCAACUGAAGCUAAUGAAGCCCUGAGGGAUGACCUGCGAAAGCUGACAGCUGAUUGGUCCAAAGCUGUGGAGGAGGUGGUGCAGAAGGAAAUCGAUUGGCAGAAAGAGAAAGAGGGAUUGACAGGCUACAUAGGGAAGGAGCACAGCAGGUUGAUGACCUUGUGGGGACGCGUAGUCACGCUCAGACGCCAGUGUCACUCUCUGAAGACUGCUACUGACAAGGACUUGUGGGAACUAAGAGCAGACUUCUCUCGUCUCUCCUCGUCUCUCCUCUCUGUAUGGGCUUCUCCUCCAUCGGCUCCCAAGCUGACCCAUAACUCCUCUUUAUCCCAGUCCACUUCAGCACAACCCCUCUCCACCACCCAGGGCCCGCUGUCUCUCGAUGAUCUGAAUCAUGAACAGACAGACGAGAGGAAGUCGACUGAAUUAAAAGCGGACCUCGAGUCCGAAACCCUGGAGCUCAGAAACAGGAUCACAGAGCUGAAUAUGACGGUAAAAGCUCUUGAAUCUGAACGGGAGAAGCAGGAGGCAGAGAUGGAGAGGAGGCACAGGCAUGAGAUGGACAGAGAACAAGAGCAAGAGAGGAAGUGGGAGAGACAGAUGGAACUGGAGAGAAACUUUGAGUCUGUCUUUCAGGCUGUCAAGACCCUGUCUCAUGCUCUCCUUUCUCAGAAGAUGAGUGGAGACUCCAGCUUUCUCCCCACUGAUGAUGCAUCUAGUGAAGGACUGUCCUCUGUCCUCUCGGUCAUCGCUCAAGCUGAGACUGCCCUGCAAUGGAGGGAACAGGAAGUACAGGAUGCUCGGAUGAGCUUGCGCAGGCUUGGGACGGAGAAGGAAUCACUGGAGCAGCGAAUCACGCAGUUGGAGAGUGAGAGGGCGGAGCUUCAGGAACAGACCAAUCAGGGAGCACUACAGAUUAAACACACACAGGAACUGUUGAACAGUGAGAAGGAAAUAGUAAGCAGUUUGCACAGUCAGAUGGAGGAGGCUGAGAGACUCACAGAGGAGCUGAGACAGGAGAACGAACACAUGAGACGACAGAGAGAGAAGCAGGAGGAGGACAGAAUCCAGCAGGACGGAGAGAGACACAAGCGCAUGGAGGCGGAGAUGUUGGAGAGCGCUCAGCUGUGCGAGAGGGAGAGCCGCACUCGUCUAGAGCUGCACCGGCUGCAGGGGGCGCUGGAGAGAGAGACGCUGGACAGAGCUCGAGCAGAGCAAGAGGCAGAGCAGGCUAAAGAUGCUUUACUCAAGGCACGGGAGUCAUUACUGGCCCAGUCCUCUGGUCAAAACCAGCUCAAGAGAGAGCUGGCAGGAGCUGGAGAUGCCCUGGAGAAAAUGGCUGCCUUAAAUGAAGCUCUGGCCAAGGACAAGAGAGAACUCUGUGUCCGCUCUCUGCAGCUGGAGAUGGAGGUGGCUGAAGCUCAGGCUCAGAUCCAGGCUUUUGGCACAGAGACGGCAGGUCUGCGCAGGGAACUGAAGGCCACGUCUCUAGAGCUCCACGAAUUAAGGCAGCGAAGUGAGAGCGAUCUGAAUGCUCUGCAGCAGCUCAGAGAGAGGGAGAGAGAGCUGGAGAAUGAGCUGGAGCUGGAGAGGGAGGACAGACAGAGGGAGCAGACGGCCCUCACAGAAGACAAGAGCACAGAUGAACAAAAGAUUGCAGAGUUAACAAAGCAGUGCAGCACAGUGGUGAAGGAGCUUCAGAGUGUCCAGGCUGAACUGUUGAAAGCUGCAGAGCUGCAGAGAAGAUCUGAGCGAGAGAGAGACGAUCUAAUGAGAGAGAGCCAGAGACUAGGGGACACAGUAUGUACACUGGAGAGAGAGAAAGAGGAACUUGCACAGGUCAAAGAGGAACUCAGAGGAGUGGUCGUUUGUCUCCAGAAGCAGAUGACUCAGGUUCAGGAACAGGCCUCAGGUCUGGAGUUGAAGUGCAUGCAGCUACAAAUGCAGGUGGACACACUCACACAGACUAAAGAUGUCUUGCAAGGAGAGAUUCAAUGUCUGCAGACAGACCUGGAGAGAGGGACCGCACAGAAAGAACGAGAAUUACAAGAAUCAAUUGAGGAAAGAAGAAAAUAUGAAAGAGAGAUAGAAAACUGGCAGUCAGAAUGCAAGAAGUUUCAAAGAGAUGUUGAACAAGAAUCAGAAAAAAACAAAUUACAAGCAGAAGAGAGCAAAACAGACAGAGAACGAUGGCAAAAAGAGAGAGAAGCUCUGAGCGCAGAGCUUGGCCAGAAAGAUGGAGAAGUGGAGAUACUGAGGAACAGGAUUGAUGGAUUGUUAAAAGAAAAAGAAGAGCUUUUGCACCAUUUAGAAAAAAGAAACGCAGAACUAGAGAAAAUACGGACUAAAUCUGCAGCAGAACAGAAAGUGGCUGAACUAAGGCUGAGAGGAGCAUGUGAUGAGGUUGAGAGAUGGAAGGAGAGAGAAAAUGAGGUUCAGAGAGAGAAAGAAGAGUUAAAUCAGAAGUUUUUAGAAAGAGUAGAAAGAGAAAGUCAGAACCUCGAGAUCACACACAGAGAGAAGGCUAAGAUGUCUGAUCUAAUGAAAAAGAAGGAGGAUGAAAUACGAAGAAGAGGAGAUGAUAUAGAACAGUUGAAAUUGAAACUCCAGUCCAAUGAGAAAACAAUUGAGAGUCUGGAAAUAGAGUUACAACAGAAAGAGACCUUGGAGAGUAGAGUAGAAACUCUGGAGAAACAUAACACUCAACUAAAAGAGAGAGAACUUGACAAAAUAAGAGACAACGAAAGCAGACAAAAGAAAAGAGAUGAGCAAGAGAGGGAGAAAGAAAUUAAGUGGAGAAGACAGCUGGAACAGAAAGAUGAAGACCUGAUAGAUCUCAAAAGCAGAAUUGAUGAACUAAUUGGAGAAAAAGAACAUAUCUCAUUACUCGUGGAAGAAAGAGAAAAAGAUAUUGAGCAAUUGCAAUCUACUCUGUCGACAGAAAAUAGAGCACUUGAGCUGAGGCUGAAAGAGGCAAGAGACAAUGCAGAGUGGUGGAAGAGAAGAGCUGGCAACAUGGAGAAAGUGAAGGAGAGCGUAAAUCGUGUUGCUGAAAGAGAGAAAACAGAACUGUCAGAGCUUCUUAGGGAAAGAGAGGAAGAAGUACAAAAGAAAGAAGAGGCGAUCAGUGAUCUUAAAAACAGAAUUCAAUCAUUAGAGGUAAUCAUAGAGAAACUAGAGACUGAUAUUGAGCAGAAGAAUGAACAGCUUGAACAUCUAAAUGAGCAAAACUCAAAGAUGAAAGAGAGGGAGAUGGAUGAUCAAAAAGAGUUGGACAGGAUGCAAGAAAAUCUAAAGGAACAGGAGAAACAACUGAAAAGAGAAUUAGACAAUCUUAAUACCAAAAUGGAGGGAGUCAUUCAAGAAAAAGAGGCGAUAUUAGAAAGGAUGGAGGAGAGAGAUGGUGAGUUGACAGAAUUACAAACGAAACUCGCACAAGAACAGAGGAUGUUUGAACAGAAACUUAAAGCAGAACAUGCAGAGGUGAACAGGUGCAAAGCCAAGAUAACUGAGAUGGAACAAGACCAGGUGAACUUGAAGGAAAGGGAUGAAGAGCAAAGGAAAAGACAAAAGAUGGAAGAAAGAUAUAGGGAGCAGAUACAGACAGAAGAACUUCUUCAGAAGGAUGCAGAGGUGAGGCAGUUAAAACUGAAGAUUGAAGAAUUGAACCUGGCGAUUGAGCAGGACAGGAGGAUAAGAACGGAGCAACAAGAAGACCUUGAACGACAAACUUCCCUGCUACGUAAUGCUGAAGAGGAGGCAAGAACACUGAAAAAGACUUUACAACAAAAAGAAAAAGAAGAAAGGGACAGAGUGCACCAUGACGAAGAAGCUAAGACACUGCUAAAGGAAAAGCUGCAUGAAGCAGAGCAGAUGAACAUUAAAGUUUUAAGCAGUUUUCAGGAAAUCGAAUCAACACUGGAGAAGGAAAGACAUAAGCAUAGAGGAAAAGAAGAAAGACUUAUGGAGUGUAACAAAGAGCUAUUCCUGAUCAAACGUGAGCGAGAUCAAGAGAAGGAGAGCAUUGAAGAACUAAAGAAACUUAUUAGUGAACAAGACAAAGAAGUGAAGACUCUGAGGGGAAAACUGGAUGAACGACUGGAGGAGGAGGGAAGGUUGUCAAAACUGCUGCAGAACCAGCGAGUGGAGGUACAAGUGCUUGAAUCCAGGGCAGAGGACAUUGAAGAGGAAAAACAACAAUUGAAAAGGUCUUUGAGUGAGAUUGAAGAAGAGAAGAGACAUUUGGAGACCCAACUGACAGAUGAAAAAGUGGACAGGGAAAGACUAAGAAUCAGGUUUGAGGCUCAGGCCACAGAAGUGACAAAACUGAAUGAAAUUUUAGAAGAGGAGAGAAAGUUGUCACAACUACUGCAAAACAGCCGAGUGGAGGCGCAAAUGUUUGAAUCCAGAGCACAGAACACUGAAGAGGAAAAACAACAAUUGAAGAGAUCUUUGAAUCAGAUUGAAAAAGAGAACAGGCAUCUUGCGACCCAAUUGACAGACGAAAAAUUGGACAAGGAAAGACUAAGAGCCAGGCUUGAGGAUCAGGCCACAGAAGUGAAAAAACUAAUGGAGAAACUGAAUGAAAUUUUAGGAAAGGAAAGAAAGUUAUCACAACUACUGCAGAACAGCCGAGUGGAGGCUCAAAUGCUUGAAUCCAGGGCAGAGAACAUUGAAGAGGAAAAACAACAAUUGAAGAGGUCUUUGAGUCAGACAAAAGAAGAGAAGAGGCAUCUGGAGACCCAACUGACAGACGAAAAAAUGGACAAGGAAAGACUAAGAGCCAGGCUUGAGGAUCAGGCCACAGAAGUGACAAAACUGAAGGAGAAACUGAAUGAAAUGAUAGAAGAGGAAAGAAAGUUGUCACAACUUCUGCAGAACAGCCGGGUGGAGGCUCAAAUGCUUGAAUCCAGGGCAGAGAACAUCGUAGAGGAAAAACAACAAUUAAAGAGGUUUUUGAGUCAGGUUGAAGAAGAGAAGAGGCUUUUAGAGACCCAACUGACAGAUGAAAAAAUUGACAGGGAAAGACUGAAAGCCAGGCUUGAGGAUCAAGCUACAGAAGUGACAAAACUGAAGGAGAAACUAAAUAAAAUGGUAGAAGAUGAGAGAAAGAUAUCACAACUUCUGCAGAACAGCCAAAUGGAGACUCAAACGCUUAAAUCUAGGGCAGAGAACAUUGAAGAGGAAAAUCAACAAUUGAAGAGGUCUUUGAGUCAGAUUGAAGAAGAGAAGAGAUGCCUGGAGACCCAACUGACAGAUAAAAAAAUGGAUGGGGAAAGACUGAGAGCCAGGCUUGAGGAUUUUCAGAAAGAUCAACAAAUCCUGUUUGAGGAGAAGAUGGGACAUGUAGAGAAGCUUGGGUCUCAUGUAAGAGAACUGGAGGAGGAGAGAGAUCAUCUCUCAGCAGAGCUUCGACGGAAAGAGAGAGAGAUGGAGGCUCUGAGAGAUGAAACUCUUCGAGAGAGACGAGAGAAGGACAGGAUAAGCUCAUUAUUGAGUGAUGCCAAGGAAAGGAAAGAAGCACUGUCUUUCCAGGUCGAUUCUUUGCGAGAACAACUGGUUAGUCUGUCUAGAACCAAAGAGCAAACCAAAUUGAAGAUCCAGGAGCAAAAAGAGCAGAACCAGGAGAUGCGAGAUGGUUUGAUUACUGGCCUUCAGGAGAUGGCAACUUUGAAGGAACUGCUAGAAGAGAGUCAUCGUGAAGGAGAGAGACUCAGGUCUAUGAUGCAGGAAAGGAAGGAUGAGUUGGUACGAAGUAGAGAAGAAGGCAUAAGGGUAGCACAUAUUGAAUCCAAAGAUCUUCAACUCAAAGUCCAGAUGUUAGAGAAGCAAAAACAGGAGCUUAAAACCACCCUUCACCUACAAGUAGAACAACUUAAGAAGAAAAAUGAGGAAGGGAUGCAGGAGAAGGAACAAUUGCAGCAAAGACAGGAAAAUAUGGAAGGAGAAUUGAUGGCUAUAAAAAGCUUAAAGGAGCAAAGAGAGGCCGAGCUGACCAGAGCAAAGGCUAGAUUAGACAUCCUGGAAGAUCAGAGGACAGAACUGAGCUCUUUGGCAGCAGAGAGAACCAGAGAUGCAGAGGAACUGAGCAACAGAUUCAGAGAUCUUAGGCUGGAAGCUGACAGACUGAGAGAGGACAGAAUAAAAGAGAAGAACAACUGGGAGGAACUUAAAAGAGAAAAAAAAGAAAAAAACAAUGCAUUGGAGGAAUUGGAGCUCCUUAGAAAAACACUGAGGGAAAAUGAAAAGGAGCUAAAAUUGGUAAAAGAGAGUUAUGAAAAUGAGAAAAGAAGAAGUGAGAGAUUUCAGCAAGGGGAUGAACAGAAUGUAAGACAACUUGAAUUAGUCUCAGAGAGACUCAGGCAUAAGGAAACUGAGUUAGAGAGUAUUCGCGAAAAGGUGUACAAAGAACAAUCAGCAAGACUUAGAUUGCAGGAUCAAUUUGAAAAUGAGAAAAGAGAUACCAAGAAAUUGAGGGAAAAAUUAGAAACCCUAGAGAAAGUGAAACAAGAGAUGGAGACCAAAAUGGAAAAUGAUAUACGCUAUCUUAGAGACUCUGAAAAGAAAAACAAUGGUCUAAAGAUGGACAGUGGGCAUGGUACUCUAGCAGACUCCCUAGAGAUAAAUGCUGAAUAUCGUUCUCAUGUCAAGCUGUUAGAGGCAGACACACUUACAAAGAACCUGACAAAAAAGGAACAGGAAAUACAGAGGUUGAGGAUCAAGGCUGAAACACUGCAGACUGAGAUCGACCGACUGCACUCUCUGUUAAGAAAUGGGAACAUGAAAACUGGGCCACCAGAGAAUGAGGACUGGGAUAGGCUAAAGCAACAAGUGUCAACUGUCCUUUUAGAAAAGGAGGAGAGAGACAGACUCCUCAGAGAGAAGGAUCUACAAGUAUUUGCUUUGAAAGAGCGAGUCGAGGAGCUGAGCAAGGACAGGGAUCGGGUCAGGACAGCUCUGGAGAAGACUGAAGCCAUGCUGAUUUACUAUAAGGAGAGGCUGGGACAACAGGAGUACAAGAGAGCCCAGGCAGGAGCUGAUAUUUCACUGGACAAAGAGCUGGGGUCUGGAGAUGAGCUGGACACAGUAUCUGCUGUUCAUGGGCGUCUGUCUGCGAUGCAGCAGGCUGUAGCACAACUGGAGGUGCAACAGAACCUUCUAGAGAAGAAAAACAGUCACCUAGAGAAGAAGAUUGAGAGGCUACGAACUGAGCGACAGCACUUGAGAGAGACACUGACACAGGUUGAGCUGGAGAGGGGGAAACUGAGACGUCAGCUGUCAUCACAGUCAGAAGCUGGAGUUCUGGACCAGUCAGAUGGUACAGACGAGGCAAAGCUGAAGCAUCUCCAAGUCCGAGCCAAUGAACUGGAGGAACAGGUUCACCAUCUUCGUCUCAUGUUGGCGGUGGACCAUCGGCAGAGGGCAGAGUUCAUCGAGCGCUCUCUAAAGAACAGCCAGAGUCUGAUGUCCCUCAGACAGGAUCUAAAUGAGUCUUUAUCUACCGUCUCACUGCGGCCCAUCCCGUCAGUGCUGGACUCUGAGACUCAGAGACUGGACAGGAGCAUUCGAGAGGAAGAGCUGCGACUGACUCUCAGCCAAAGCUAAAGACACAAACACUCCUUCAUGUUGAAGAACUAUUAUAUAGUUCAUAUUGUUGCACCUAAUAGUCAGUAAUUUAGGCCGUGAACCUAAGGUUAAUUAUACACUCAGGGUUUGAAAUUAUUGAAAUUAUAAGUUUGGAUGCAUUAAGAUUUUAGUUUUUUAAAAGAAGGUUUAAGAAUGGAUAUGUUAUAAAAUGUAAUUAUUCCUGUGAUUUCAAAGCAGAAUUUUGAGCAUCAUUACUCCAGUCUUCAGUGUAAAAUGUUCCUUCAGAAAUCAUUCCAAUAUGAUGAUUUGCAGCUCAAAAAAUAUAAUUUUUAUGGAAACUGCAGUAUGUUAAUAUGCUAAAAGUACCCUAUUUGUGUAUUUAUCAGGAAUAUAUUAAUAAAUGACUUCAAUUUUAAUGCUUUCAGAGGUUAUAUCAAAUACACGUGGUUAUUUGAAAACUAAAAUGUAAUGCGCAUUGAUUAUAAGAACCAUUAUUAUUAAUAGUUAAGUAUAUAAGUAGUUAAUAGAAUAUAGUAAAGAUAUAGUAGUAUUUAGUAUGUGUGUGUUUGUGUAUAUAUAUCUUAAAUAGUUUUUAUAGUUAAUUAAUAUUUAAUUAAUAUUUAUGGUUAAUUGUUUAUAAUAGAGCUACAAAUCUGCAUAUUAGACUGGAAUAAUGACCCCUUUUGCUUUGUCACAAAUAAAAUACAUUUAAAGUUAUUUAAGAUUGAAAUGGCAAAUCUCAAAGUGCUGCUUUUAGUAUUUAUCAUUAAAUGAAAGCACCGUUUGUAAGUAGAAUAGUAGCAGUAUGUCAAUAAAAUCAACAAAACUUAAUGUUUCCAAACCUUCGACCAUUACUGUAUUGAUGUAUUUUUCAUGCGAGUUAUUCUUAAAAUACUAAUUAGCUACCAACUAUUUCAUAUGGCGAAGCUCUGCUUUAAUGUCUGAAAGCUUUGUUAUCGUGUUUACUGUACUUUGAAAGCUGUUCUGUCAGUGUUAUAAUGUGUGCAAUAUUACCAAUCUGUUUAAUCAGUUAUAAUACUAUGAGCUAUUUUUAUAAUGUAUUCUUUUUUUAAA